GCGCAUGCGCAAAAAUUGACGUUUCUUACAACAUAACCUCAACUCAAAUUUACUCAUUUUGAUUUGAUUCUAAACGUAAAAAUGAUUAAUGUUAAUUUAAACAUAAUCACAAAGUAUUACCUAAAACAAACAUUAUUUAGUCGGUUUUUUUCACUCACUACAACAAACCAAAUCAACCAGAAGUGGAGACAAGAACGUGGUUUACCCUUAAAUCCAAAUGCUUGUGGUGUUUUAACCGAUAAGCCAGAUUAUACAUUUCUAGAUGGUCGUCCUACUCCUUGUGGGGUAAAUCAAAGGCGAAGAAUCGUUAAACAAAGAGAAAUUACCGAAAAAAUUAUCGCUUUAACAAAAGAAGUUGAUUUUGCAGUUCUUAGACAUGAACAAAUUAAAAAGGAAGAUGAGUUAGCUCGUAAAAAGUUGUUGGAUAGCAAAUUAAAACCAAAAGGAAAAAUGUUGAUUAAAUAACAAAAUAAAAUGAGUAAUUUUUAAAAUAAUUUAAUAAAAAUCUUAUAACU